GUUUGUGCGUGGGGGUGUGUUUGUGUGUAUUUGUGUGUGUUUGUGUGUAUUUGUGUGUGUUUGUGUGUAUUUGUGUGUGUUUGUGUGUAUUUGUGUGUGUGUUUCUCCAGUUCUUCCCGUGCCUCCACCUCUCCAGCUGACGCUGCGCUACGUGACGCGGUGCGCAGAGCGUGCGUGCGGCAGCGGAGGAGGAGAAGGAGGAGAGGACCGCAGCGUCUCUGUUUUUACUGUACAACUAUCGCCUUUGUGUUUCAGAGCGAUGUGAAACAGCUGAUCAGCUGCACCGACGCACUCUGUUGUAGCACUGAGGUCCGUGCGCGGCGCCACGCGGAGCAGCGCGACGUUUGUGAGCGGCACCUGCCGCGGGGCGAGCACGAAAACAAAGACAGAGGCGGAGCUGGGCUCGGGACUCCGGGACAGUGGGACUGUGUGCUCUUAAAUAACAGUGAGGCAGAGUUUACAGUGAAGUGAGGUGUGGACCGCCACGGGCCUGGCUCUGCGGACACGGUUAAAUAUAGCACAAACUGUCUGUGCUCCUCCAGGGCAUCCGACCAUAUUCAGAGUGUCGGCAGGCCUCCAUCAGUGUUCGGCCGUGAUAGCAAUCCUACUCUUACUGUUUGGACCAUCUCGCCUCGUGUGCCUCUCAAUGAGACCCUGAAGACCGCGGCACGAUGUGGGUCAGUCCCGAGGACGUGUUACUGGCGGGCGCCUUGUGGAUCACCGAACGAGCCAAUCCGUAUUUCAUCCUCCAGAAGCGCAAGGGCCACGGAGAUGGAGGCGGGGGGCUCGCGGGUUUACUGGUGGGGACCUUGGAUGUGGUGCUGGACUCGAGCGCCCGAAUGGCCCCUUACAGAAUCCUGUACCAGACUCCAGACUCUUUAAGCUACUGGAUCAUCGCUCACGGAACCUCACGUAAAGAGAUCACCGAGCACUGGGAGUGGCUGGAACACAACCUGCUGCAGACUCUGUCCAUAUUUGAGAACGAAAACGACAUCACCACGUUUGUCAAAGGAAAAGUCCAGGGCAUCAUCGCAGAGUACAACAAGAACCACGACGUCAAAGAAGACGACGACACGGAUAAGUUUAAAGAGGCCAGCGCCAAGUUUCGGAAGCUGUUUGGGAUGCCCGAGGAGGAGAAGCUGGUCAACUACUACUCGUGCAGCUACUGGAAAGGCAAAGUCCCCCGUCAGGGCUGGCUCUACCUCAGCAUCAACCACCUCUGCUUCUACUCAUACCUGCUCGGCAAAGAAGCCAAACUGGUGGUGCGUUGGGCGGACAUCACACAGUUGGAGAAGAGCGCCACCCUGCUGCUGCCGGACGUGAUCCGAGUGAGCACCCGCUGCAGUGAGCACCUCUUCUCUGUGUUCAUCAACAUCAAUGAGACGUUUAAGCUGGCGGAGCAGCUGGCUAACAUCGCCAUGAGGCAGCUGCUGGACAACAAAGGCUUCGAAGAGGACCGCUCCCUGCCCAAACUCAAGAAGAAGUCUCCCAAGAAAGUGUCAGCCCUGAAGAGGGACCUGGAUGCCAGAGCCAAGAGUGAGAGGUACCGGGCCCUUUUCCGUUUGCCCAAAGAUGAGAAGCUGGACGGGCACACAGACUGCACCCUGUGGACCCCGUUCAACAAGAUGCACAUCCUGGGACAGAUGUUUGUGUCCACCAACUACAUCUGCUUCAUGAGCAAAGAGGAGAGUCUGUGCAGCCUCAUCAUCCCACUCAGAGAGGUGACCAUUGUGGAGAAGGCCGACAGCUCCAAUGUUCUGCCCAGUCCGCUCUCCAUCAGCACCAAGAACCGUAUGACGUUUCUCUUCGCCAACCUGAAGGACAGAGACUUCCUGGUCCAGAGGAUCUCGGACUUCCUGCAGCAGACCACCUCCAAGAUCUACCUGGAGAAGGAGCUGACCAGCAGCCUCAACAGCUCAGACGACGAGGUCUACUCUCACAGCUCUAACCUGUCCAGCAGCCCUCAGACCAGCCUGGGCUCAGACUGCGAGAGGAGCUUUAACCUGAACGACAGCAGCGUGCCCACCGCCUCACAGGCCCUCAUGACCAUGUACCGCCGACGCUCGCCCGAGGAGUUCAACCCCAAACUGGCGAAGGAGUUCUUGAAGGAGCAGGCCUGGAAAAACCACUUCACCGAGUACGGCCAGGGCGUGUGUAUGUACCGCACGGAGAAGACCAAAGACCUGGUGCUCAAGGGCAUCCCGGAGAACAUGAGGGGGGAGCUGUGGCUGCUGUUCUCUGGUGCUAUCAAUGAAAUGGCCACUCACCCCGGGUACUACGAGGACCUGGUGGAGAAGUCUAUGGGUAAAUAUAACCUGGCCACAGAGGAGAUCGAGAGAGACCUGCACCGCUCUCUGCCCGAGCACCCGGCCUUCCAGAACGAGAUGGGCAUCGCCGCUUUACGACGGGUGCUCACUGCCUACGCGUUCAGAAACCCCAACAUCGGAUACUGCCAGGCCAUGAACAUCGUGACCUCGGUGCUGCUGCUGUACUCCAAAGAGGAGGAGGCCUUCUGGCUGCUGGUGGCGCUGUGUGAGAGGAUGCUGCCGGACUAUUACAACACCAGGGUCGUAGGCGCUUUAGUGGACCAGGGCGUGUUCGAGGAGCUGGCUCGAGAGUACGUGCCGCAGCUGUACGACUGCAUGCAGGACCUGGGGGUGAUCUCGACCAUCUCUCUGUCCUGGUUCCUCACCCUGUUCCUGUCCGUGAUGCCGUUUGAGAGCGCCGUGGUGGUGGUCGACUGCUUCUUCUACGACGGCAUCAAAGUCAUAUUCCAGCUGGCUCUGUCUGUGCUCCACGCCAACAUCGACCAACUGCUGGACUGCAAGGACGACGGAGAGGCCAUGACGGUGCUGGGCAGGUAUCUGGACAGUGUGACCAACAAAGACAGCACCCUGCCCCCCAUCCCUCACCUGCACUCGCUCCUCACCGACAACGGAGAACCACAUCCAGAGGUCGACAUCUUCAAACUCGUCCGCAGCUCCUACGAGAAAUUCGGAUCAAUCCGCGCUGAUGUGAUUGAGCAGAUGCGUUUCAAACAGAGACUCAGGGUGAUCCAGACCAUUGAAGACACGACCAAACGCAACGUGGUCAGAACUAUCGUAACAGAAACUGCCUUCAGUAUUGACGAGCUGGAGGAGCUUUAUGUACUUUUCAAGGCGGAGCACCUGACCAGCUGUUACUGGGGCGGGAGCACUAACCCCACAGAGCGACACGACCCCAGCCUGCCGUACCUGGAGCAGUAUCGCAUCGACAUGGAGCAGUUUAAGGCGCUGUUCACCCUCCUCUUCCCGUGGGCCAACGGGGCGCACUCGGACCCUCUGGCCGUGCGCUUCUUCCGCCUCCUCGACCACAACGGAGACGGCCUCAUCAACUUCAGGGAGUUCAUCACCGGCCUGGGGGUGCUGUGUCACGGGGACCUCACUGAGAAGCUAAAACUGCUCUACAAGUUACACGUGCUACCAGAUAUACCAAAUGAACAGGAUGAGCCGGACUCUGCCUUUGAAGCUACGCAGUACUUUUUUGAAGACAUCACUCCAGAAACGUCAAUGAGUCAGGACUCCAGGUGCAGAAGUGAGAAGGACGACGGUUUUGUUAGAGUCACCUUUAAGAACGAGAAAGUGAAAAAACUGAACCCUCCAGACUACCGCCACUACCUGAAACUAUGGAACCAGGAGUCACGCUCCAAAGUGGAAAACACCAAAGACUUGCCUAAGCUUAAUCAGAGCCAGUUCAUCGAGCUUUGUAAAACUCUCUACAGCAUGUUCAGUGAGGACGUGGCGGAGCAGGAGUUGUACCACGCCACCGCCACCGUCACCAGUUUACUGUUGGAGAUGGGCGAAGUGGGCAAACUCUUCUCCUCCACCGUGAGAAAAGACAGCACCCAAGGGAGCAAACCGGAAACGAGCACUGUCCCGGACCCUGUUACUGGGAGUAGCGCCGUCCUCCUCCCGUCCUCCCUGGAGAACAAGCUGUGCGAGGAAGAGGAGAAAGCCGAGGACGGGGUCGAAAUCCCGCAAAUGCACGACGUCAAACUCGAGGACUCUUCGCCCAAAGGCACCUCCUCUGCGAUGCUAAUAUCCGACGACGAAACUAAAGACGAUACCUCCAUGUCCUCCUACUCCGUGUUGAGCGCCGGGUCGCACGAAAUGGACGACAAACUCCAGUGCGAGGACAUAGCCGACGACACGGUGCUGGUGCGUAGCGACAGCGCCGGUUCCCAUGGCAACAGGGGGCACAUGGCGGCGCACCAGACGGGGUUACCUCACAGCACGAGCAUAGACAAGGACUGGGCGAUCACCUUCGAGCAGUUCCUGGCCUCAGUGCUGACGGAACAGGCUCUCGUGCAGUACUUCGAGAAGCCGGUGGAGGUGGCGGCGCGCAUCACCAACGCCAAGAACGUGCAAAAAGUGGGACGGGCGAACUCGCUGUCCACAAGUGACUAUGAGAUUUCGUUAUCAGGGUAAAAAGACGGAAGAGGGGUUUAAAGGUGGGCUGUGUAGCUUUUUGGUUGGGGGUCCGUCACCUGCUUCUUUCUCUGGAUACAUCAUAGCUCUGCCUGGAAUGUUCCACAGUAUGACUUUAAAACAGCUCUACCUUAUAUUUAUUCAAUUACAGGUGUUUUUAUAGCUGAAAAAUACUGAAAAACAGGCAUUCUGACUGUGAGCAGGGUUGCCUCUCCACAGAUCUAACCUGUAACUUGGUCUGGUUUGGUCCAGAGUCCUGCACCGGGUCAAAUAGUUGUUGAAACGGGCGGGUAUGCAAGCGGGUAGUGACUACACACGGGCGGGUCAGGUGAAUCAAAUGAACGACGAACGGGAGAAAAAACAAGUUCCAUUUCCUGGUCUUUUCCCAGAACGAUGACAGACCAGGCUGAGAGACUUUAGUGCAGGGGUGUCAAACUCAAAUUCACAGAGGCCAAAAUUAAAAACUGGGACUAAGCCAUGGACCAAAUUAAAUAUUUAAUGGAAAAUUUUAACAACAUCUGCAUGUUUUCUCUUCUUUCGAGAUAUGUAAUGUUAAACUUUUCCUUAUUAAAUUAAAUGUUUAAUAAUAGUUUUGCUUGAAUCCAAAACAAGCAAAAUAUAAAAUAAUAACAAAAUUUUAAAUAAAGAAUGUCUCUAUAGCCGAUCUGUAGCCAGCAGGCCAGCUCUAAUACAUAUUUGACAUGAUCUCGUGGGCCAAAUAUAAUUAUAUCGCAGGCCGAAUUUGGCCCCCGGGCCUGAGUUUGACAUGUCUACUUUAGUCUAUUUAUUACAUAAAACCAUCAGCGGAGGCGAUCGGCUCAGGGCUGCACUCCUGGUUUAGUUCUGGUUUAGACCUGGUUUAGAGUCCUGGUGUAGUCCUGGCGAUCGGCUCAGCAGUUGCAGGUGUAUAUAUUUAUGCUAAUGACACUUGUUUAGUCCUGGUUUAGUAGUGGGUUGGACCUGGUUCAGUCCUCCUUUAGACCUGGGUUAGACCUGGUUCAGUCCUGGUUCAGUCCCGGUGUAGCUCUGGUCCAAUCUUGGUGUAGUCCUGGUGUUUGGCUCUGUGGUUUGCGGUGUGUAUAUAUUAUGUUCCGCUAAUGACACGAAGGAGGUUCAGUCCUGGUUUAGUCCUGGACUUUUGGGCUGACCCCGAUUUAUCACGGGCGCUGGUUGGUAAUAGGUGGAAUGUUAACGUUUCCAGGCAGGUGCAGAUUUAACUUUCACAUAAUCACGGGUUAGUGGGCAAGUGUGGAUCUCAAAAAAUGGACCCGUGCAGGACUCUGGUUUGGUCUCCGUGAAGACAGAAACGUUUAAUACCAAACUAUGAAACAUUCCAGACUCCAUGGAGAAAAACAUUUAAUGGACCCACCGGUAGAAAAGUUACACAAUGUACCUUUACUAACGAAUGACUGUUGUAAAAAAGGGAUAAUGAUGUGAAAUAAGUCGGUGAUGUACAAAGUUUUAGAGUGAUGUAAAGUAUGGUUAUAUUCGUGACCAAAAAGUUCUUGGGAAAUAUUUUAACACAUGUGAAAGAGUUUUACUCAGAGGCUCUUUGAAAGUUGUCCAGCUGAGAAGGAGCGAACAUACAAACCCCCAACAUCGUGUAAUUCCUCAUUCGUCCAGGAGGGGUCCGUAUCGAGAUCGUAUCGUCACCUGGACCAUGUUUUUGUAAUUGAGAAGUUUCGAGUGACAUCCAUUUUUAAUCUAAAUGUAGUGGACUGAGAUGCAAGACAAUUCAGGCCAUCCAUGGGCUUUAGAAUGAUGAAAAAUUAUGACGAUCUGUUGCCAUACUAUUUAAGACAAAAUAUUAUAUCUUUUGGACUUACUUAUGAACCAGAUAUUAUGUUCUCACUAAAUGUGUGUACAAUCCUUCAUUCGUCCAGGUACAAUCCAUGGCAAAAGAAGAAAUUCAAUUGGUCAACUGGACAAAAGUUUAAUUGGUCGAAACAAAAGUUUAUUUGGUCGAAACAAAAGUUUAUUUGGACCAAAUAAACUUUUGUCCCGCUGACAAAUUUAAUUUCUUCUUUUGGCUGUUCUUAAUAAAGAUGGAAUUAAUGGAAAAAAUCCUCAAAAAUCCAUUAAUGACUACGCUAUUGGUACAGGUGCAGUUCUUGCUUCUCAUUCCAGUACCUUUCAAAUUGAAAAUGACAGCUGAAAUGUCUGGCGAAACAUCUAGAUUUCAAAAAUGUGGUCCUGAUUUUGUCCAUUACCUCUGAAAUUCACUCCCAAGUAAAAAAAAUAAAUAAAUAAAAAAGAAACACUAGUGUUAUUAUAAUGCUUAAUACAAGAAUCGAUUUACAGAAAGUUACCAUAUCAGUUAAUGGAGAUUUUAACACAUGUUUAGUAACGGCAAACCAAAAUAAACAACAAAUUAUUAAUUUUUGGAAAAGUAUUUAAAGGUGCAACAUGUAAAAUUUUCAUUGGGCAUCCAUCACCUUCUUGUUUCUAUGGAUAUGUCAUUGCUCUCCCUUACAUUUAUUCAACUACAGGUGGUUUUAUAACUCAAAAAUACCUAGAAAUACCUAAAUCCCUAAAAGCAUAUAUUCUGACUGUGAGUGGAGUUGCCUCUCCACAGAUCUGACCUGUAAACUUGGUCUGGUUUGAAAGAAGAUAGAAAGGUUUAAUAUCAGACUGGCGCCACCUAGUGUCUCCGCUCAAUUUCAUUUCUCUCCAGCGACUAGGUCAGGAAUCGGGAUACAUUACACUGUUCGCAAAAACCCCGGAAGUGCGAGUUCGGGCACCAGCCAAUCACCGAAGGGCCAUACAUUCUGUGUUGGCAACAAUUCCCGAGAUUUAGGAUUUAAAGCCGGAACAAAGAGAAUGUUUGGUGAAUUUUAUCAAGGGGAAAGACAUUAUUGCCCUUCCUCCUGCAUUACAUACGUCACGACCAAACAGCAGCGAUUGGUUAAAUGAAAAAAGUAUCCACCUACCGUCAAACGAACAAAUCCUAACGCUGUGAGGUCAGACGGUUUCCACCAAGUGAAACCAGCUGAUGAAUCAGGCUAAACACUGCAGACAAAGCAACGACAUAUCCAUAUAAAAAGGAAUUUUAACGGAGCCUCCACCAGAAAAGUUACACAAUGCACCUUUAACAUCGCUAGAUCUAAGAUUUUACCACACAGUUUUGUAAUUUUGAAAGGUUAUCUACGUCUUUUUAAAAUUUCCCCUUUUCAAACGUAGAAGUGGGUUUGUAUUGUUUGCUCCAGUGAUCAGAGUCCAAACGUCGUAGCUGUACAUGAAUUUACAUUAUGCAUAGAUGUUAAGAUUGUAACUUCUAGUAAUCUUAGGCUAUGUAGGUGUAACUGUCCACAGACAAAGUACACACCCAAAUGGGACUAUAAUACUCUAUGUACUUAAGUGUCAUUUAACAUAUUAUCAAACGAUCGCCUCUUUUCUUAUGUUUCAACCUGCUGCUAUUUUAAAGGUCCUACAUUACACAAAAUCGACUCUUGUGAGCUUUAAGACAUGUUAGAAUGUUGUUUCCUCAUCAAAAACAGACCUAGAAUUUGAGUAAUUGUUUUUAGUCUGUCUACAUCUCCGAAGCUCAAAAUCAACUCAAAAUCCAACUCGUGAUGUCAUGGAGUGGUAGUUUUCAAGUUAAUAGCUCCCCUUAAUUUUUGGUCCAGUAAAGAUCGGCAAUUCCAGGUCUGAAAUCACCAAAAUUAUUCUAGUGAAGGAGUUUAAAAAUACAAUACGUCCUGUAUUACCACAUGAAUAGGGAUGUAACAAUAACUGAAAUAUCGUGAUAUUGUAUUGUCAAAAGUCUCACAGUAAUAUCGUGGGAUGUCACAAUAUAUCGAAUCACAAGUUCCUCUGCUUUAAUAAUUUUAUUUUAUAGUAGCAACAGUUAAUAAACAUAAGGAACUACUAGAGGCGUAACGAUAUCCAAGUCUCACGAUACGAUAUCGUCACGGUAUGAACCUCACGGUACGAUAUUUAUUGUGAUAUCGUGGGAAAGCUCACGAUAUAGUGGGGAGGCUCACGAUUAGGGUUGUAACAAUAUCCAAAUCUCUCGUACGAUAUUUUCAGGAUAUACAUCUCACGGUUGAUAUUUAUUGAGAUUUUGUGGAGGCAAACAAAACUGUUAAUGUGUUUUCCUCUUUAAAUGCCUUGACAAGACUUAAUCCAAAGAACUAAGACUUAAAAGUGCUUAGAACUGUUAUUUCUUCUUGUAGUCUGCACUGAAAUGGAGCAAAGGAUCAUGGUCUAUGUAGUUCCCUCUUUCUUUUUUUUUUAGCUAUUGCUGCACCACAAUUCUUAAUUUAAGCAAAGAGACUUCAACUUCUUAAUUUGAUAUAUUGUGAUGGUCCACGAUAUUACUGUGAAAACUUUAAUGAUACGAUAUCAUAAUAUUAUUAUUGUUACAUCCCUAGGAACUACACAUCCCAUGAUUCAUUUCAGUGCAGACAAAAUGAAAAAAAUAUGUUUCUUACUUGAAUUCUUGGGAUUAUGACAGUAAUACGGAGCACCAAAAUCUUUUCAAGGUGUUUUAAAAGCAAAUAAGUGUUCCAUCUACAAUCGUACUAGUCUCUAAUAAAAUAUCCCAAUAAAUAUCGUACCGUGAAAUGCAAAUUGUGAUAAUAUCAUACUGAGAUAUCGUUACAUCCGUACACAUGACAUCACAAAAACGUUUCCGUUUCAGAGAACAACUCAGCGUAAAUAUGCAGGAUUUGUUUGCUGAAACAAAACAAGUCAUGAUGAUUUUGACGAGGAAACAACAUCAUAACAUAGAUCAGAAGACAGCGUAACACGGACCCUUUACAUUACAUUUUUUAUUUUGUCGUCAGAAUGAAAUUAAUGCUGUGAAAUCAUGCCUGGAGUUCACCGUCUCUGUCCACACUAAUCACACAUUAUCAACGAAAUAUUUGCAAUGUUUUUUUUUUUUGUUUUUUUUAUAGGAGGAUGAUAUGAUGUGAGCCGUGACUAAUAUGAAACAUUUCUGAAAUUUAAAUGUUUAGUGGUUGCUAUAGGAACAGGAUCUGCACUUUAUGUUACACCGUGAUGCCAUCCAAUUUUAUGUUAAGUACUGUACAUACUUCUGCAUUGUCCUUGCGCUGGAGACGUCGUGCACAUUCGAAAUUAUUAAAAUGAUUCUACACAGCAAAAACAGAAAAA